GAAAUAGAAAUAAUGUAGUCAAUUUCAUCAUCAUGUUGCUUUUAUCAACAGCUCUGGUGUUAUUUGCACUUGCCGCAGCUGAGAUUGGAGAGUUCGAAGGAAUUCUACCGGAAGAUGAAAUCAAUGAUGAAUCAGAAAGAAUAAUUGGAGGCCAGCAAGCCAAACAAGGCCAGUUCCCUUUCGCAGCAGCUCUUUACAUGGAUGAAGAAUUUAUAUGCACAGCUUCUAUAAUUUCACCAACUGAUAUAUUAACAGCUGCCCAUUGCGUUGUAUUUAAUGGAGUAAAGCAGCAAGCAUCGUCAUUCAAUGCUAUCAUAGGCAAUGUCAACAGAAGCUCGCCCGAUUCACAGCAGAUAUUCUUCCGGAAAAUAACAGUACAUCCAAAAUACGACAAUUUAGAAAAUGAUAUUGCCAUUUUAGAAACAACAGCACCUAUUAAAUUUAGUGACACAAUUGAGCCCAUCUGCAUUCCUGAUUCAAACUUCCCAAAGUUGCUGCUUAAAUCUGUGACAGCUAUGGGUUGGGGACAGGACCAAAGAGAAAACAGAUCAAGUACUCCUGAAAUCCUAAAAUACGUUCAGCAGCGAGUGGUUUCAAAUUUAAAGUGUCGGAUACUAUAUUUGGGAAGAAGGGUUCCAGAAUCAAGUUUAUGUGCCAGUGGUCUCCUGUCUGGAGUUUGCUACGGUGAUUCUGGCGGUCCUUUGGUGUAUGAAAUGGGAAGAAAAGGCCAGAAGGUGCAAGUAGGAAUAGCAUCCUAUGUCAACUCUCUUGUCGGUUGUGGUUCGAUCUUGGGACCUGCUGGAUUUACUCGAGUCAGCUCUUUCACUAGCUUCAUUAUGAACACAGCUACUGGAAAAGUUUGCGUCCAAAGAGUAUCCACUUCCAAAAUGGCAUUCAGUCAAGCAGCAUUGCUUCUAGCAGCUCUUGUAGUCUUGGUUCAAUCAAGAACUUUCAAUGACAUUGUUAAAAUGGAUCGAAUGCUUACAGAUCCUGAUGAGGAGCUUUCACCUAGAGUAAUUGGAGGACGGGAUGCCGUGGAAAAAGAAUUUCCCUGGAUGGUUGCACUUCAUUACCAAGGACGAUUUGUCUGCAGUUCUUUCCUGAUCACGCCCAAAGUGCUCAUGACAGCUGCUCACUGUGUUGUAUUCGGACGAGAGCCUGAAGAUCCAAAACACUACAACGGCUACGUUGGAACAAUCAACAGAGAUGGACCAGAUACUGAAAUCCAAUUCUCUGAAAUCAUUGCCCACACCCAAUAUGGUUCUGGAACCGAGUACGAUAUUGCUCUCAUGAAACUGAAAGAACCAGUAGCUCUCAAUGACGGUAUCCAGACUAUCUGCUUGCCAACCAAGGAUUCCGUGUAUGAAGACAUGACUGCCCAAGUCAUGGGAUGGGGUGUCUCCGAAAAAGGAGGUCGGGAAUCCGCCAAAGUCUUACAGACUGCCACCGAAAAUAUCCCAACCAAUUCCAUGUGCGGUUUCAUCUACGCCAUUCUUGGAAUCCCUGUCACCAGAAGACACGUCUGCGCCGGAGGUGAAAGCAGCAAGGGAAUCUGCUUCGGUGAUUCUGGAGGACCCUUGGUAGCAAUGAAUGAAACCAAACCCAUAGCUAUCGGCGUAGCAUCUUUCGUUUCCCGACGAGGGUGUGCCCAGUCCUUCGUCCCAGCAGUGUACACUAGAGUAUCUUCCUACAUUGAUUGGGUCAAUGAACAGUUAGGCAACGAUGCAUCACAAAUAUGCAUCAUCCCAACUCAGACUAGAAGACGAGGUUGAAUUGCAUUGAUCCCAUGGAUAGCCCUGAUAGGUCUUGCUGGCAAAGACCUGUAUCUUUUACUGCUUUUUGGAAUGUUUUGCAUUUGAUAUGAGUUUACACUUUUUAUAUGCAAUGUUUUUG